AUGGAGUCACCAUCUGAGGAGAAGAGAAGGAACCAUGUCAUCACUAUAGACCCAGAUGAAACUGUCUUGACUGCCUAUCCAUAUAGACCUCAUAGCGCUCUGCUGGAUUUCCUUAAGGGGGAGCCAAAACUUUUAGGGGCUAUCCAGAUUCUUCUUUCUCUAGUUAUUGUAGUCUUUGGAAUUAUAUUAGCACUUAAUUUCAUCUUUUCAUCCAAAAAAUUUCCUCUCGUGAUCCUCACAGGAUAUCCAUUCUGGGGAGCAGUUAUGAAGCAAGACGUCACAACCAUGAAUAUCCUCAGCUUGUUGACUGCAUUAGCUGGGAUUGCUUUGAUCCUCGUCAGCCUUACAGAGCAGCACAAAUUCUGCCAGGCAGUCUCCCCUGAAGGACCGUGUAUUGUGGGCAGAACAUUUUUCCUUGGAAUUUUGUCAAUCUUAUUAAUCAUCACCAUUGUAGAGCUCAGCAUCUCUGUCACUAUUAUAUUUUUAAGAAUCAGAUGCUGGACUGGUUCAAAAGAGGCUGUGUUCUUCUUUCCUUCAGAAGGUCCUCGAAAUACUGAACAUCCUGCCCCAGAAGAAAACAAUACAUUACAAUUUGAGUUUCAAGAAAAAGCUCCCAGUGACAAUACAGCUUUAAGAAUAAAAGGUGUUUUCUUAGGAAGUUAUGCUUUCUUCAAGUUAAGAGUCUCAAGAAAUCAUUCAGCUCCCAAAACUAUCCCACAGAAAAGUGAUAAAGGUACAUCUUCUAUGCAUGUUCCAGAGCAACAAGAGGCUAUUCCUCUAGUCUUCCCAGAGCAAGAAAUCAAACUGAAUGCUCUAACUCCCCCAUUAACAACACACCCUUCAGAAAAUACUCCUCCUCAGAAAGACUCUAGAACUGAUCAACUGAAUGACGAGGACCUAUCAUCUAUUAUACAUCAAACUUCUGAUAUGCAACCCAAUUUGCUUGGCUAUGAAACUGUAUCAGUCAAAAGUCUUCAAACUCCAUCUUCACAUAAUUUCCUCCAUUUUUCACCUGACAAUUUGUCAUCCCAAUCAUUAAUGGCAUCUCUGUCAACACAAGUCUUACAAUCUAAACAGCCAUCAUUUCAUAUUUCACAGUCUUAUGAUCUGAUAUCUGAAGAUUUUCUUUCUGAAAAUAUACCAUUUCAAGACAAUCAAUCCCAAGACACCCCUUCUCAGUACACCCCACCCCAAGACAUACAAUUUCAAGAUAUACUAGCUCAAGACACUCCAUCUCAAGGGACUCCAUACCAAGAGCUAUCAUACCAAGAUAUACUAACUAAAGAUACAUUACCCCAAGAGUCUCCAUAUCAAAAUAUACUAACAAAAGAAAUACCAUUCCAGGAGACUCCAUUACAAGGGAAUCUAUCCAAAGGGACUCUGUCCCAAGGCACUCCAACCCAAGGUACUCCAUCCCAAGGCACUCCAUCACAGGACACUCCAUCUCAAGGGACUCCAUCCAAAGGGACUCCAUCUCAAGGAACUCCAUCUCAAUUGACUCUAUCCAAAGGGACUCCAUCCCAAGGGACUUCACCCAAGGAGACUCCAUCCCAAGUGACUCCAUCUCAAGGGACUCCAUCUCAAGGGACUCCAUCCCAAGGGACUCCAUCUCAAGGGACUCCACCCCAAGUGACUCCAUCCCAAGGGACUCCACCCAAGGGGACUCCAUCCCAAGGGACUCUAUCUGAAGAGACUCCAUAUCAAGAGACUCCGUCUCAAGGGACUCCACCCCAAGGGACUCCAUCCGAAGGGACUCCACCCAAGGGGACUCCAUCCCAAGGGACUCUAUCUGAAGAGACUCCAUAUCAAGAGACUCCAUCUCAAGGGACUCCACCCCAAGGGACUCCAUCUGAAAGGACUCUAUCCAAAGGGACUCCAUCUCAAGUGACUCCAUUCCAAGGAACUCCAUCCCAAGGGACUCCACCCCAAGAGCUAUCAUUCCAAGAUUUACUAACCAAAGACACAUCAUCUCAAGAAACUCCAUACCAAGAAACUACAUUCCAAGAUACACUAAUUCAAAAUAUACCAUCCCAAGACACCCAAUAUGAAGAGACUCCAUCACAAGAGAUUUUCUUCCAAGAGUCUCCAUUCCAAAAUACUCCAUCCCAGAAUAUACAAUAUCAAGAUAUACUAUCUCAAGACAAACUAUCCCAAAGCUCACAAACCCAAAAUACAGUACCUCAAGACAUGCCAUCCUCAGAUCUUCAAAUAUUAAACACUCAAGUUCAAGUCCAGCAAUAUCCAGAAGUAUUUUAUAGGGACAUUCGAACAGAAGUCAUGGAGCUGACUCAAGAUUGGCAGUCUAAUCAGGGCAAGAAACCCACGAGAAGACUUUCCCUAUCCUUGCCAGGCAAACAUGGGCAAUUCCAGUCCAAGAGAUAUUCUGUGGACCUGCAAGUCAAAAGGGAGAAACCAAGGAGAUAUUCUGAGGACUUACAAAGUAAAACUACAAGACGGAAAUCCAUAGAUCAGCAAAUCAAAGCCUGGAUAACCCCAAAGAAAAAUACCACAGGGAAACAAGAUGCAUAUACCCAAACCACAGAGCAAGCUGAGGAUCAGCAGGCUCAAGAUCAGCAGGGCCCAGUACAACAAUCCCAAAAUGAACAAAUCAAAGUCCAAAAAUCUGUAGAGGAGCUAUUACCAGAAGAACGUCUUAAUGACAGAGAGGAUGAAGAUCAGCAGUCUGAUAAAAAGCAACCUCCAGAAGAGCAAGCUCAAGUUCAACCAGCCGAAGACCAGCACCCCAAAGUACAGAAAGACCCAAAGACCCAGCUCCAAAGUUGGCAGGGAGGACAGCAAGUACUAGUAAAGAGAGUCCCAAUGAAGUUGUGUGAUAACUGGGACUCCCAAAGCUUUCAAGGCACAGAAAGGUCAUGUUCAUUCUGGUCAACUCCAUCCUGGCAGCCUAUUAGCCAGAGAUCCCAAGACUGGAUAAGUCAAGGUUGGAGAAACAAAGAUUGGAAAGCACAAGAAUGGCAGUUUGAAGUGCAACCUUCCCUAGAAUGGGAAUCCCAAGAGCUAUUAGAGAGAGAAUCCUUAAGGCAAAGAGCACUGUACCAACAAAUUCAACCCCACACCACCAUAGUUCAUCAGACCCCAGAUCAUCGAUUGCAAAACUUUAUAUUUCAAGUAGGUCUAUGUCAAGGUAGUAGGCAGCAACAAGACUCUGAAUCUGGUGCUUUAAUAGAAGAUGUGUAUGAAGAUGACGUUCAAUCAAGAGACAGAGAACCAGGAGAUACAGAAGAUACAUGCCAGAAACCAACAGACCAGCGGUCAGAAGACAUGAGGCCAGAUAAUUAUCCUGUUUCUUGUCAGAGCCUGGUUCCAUACACAUAUGUAACCUGUUUAUCCAACAUAGCUUCAGAGCAAGAGGUGCAGAACAAUACACCUUGCUCAGGUUCAUCCAAAGAUCUAAAUGCCACUUCUUCCUCAUCAUAUCAAAGAGAUCAACAGCAAUCUGAAGAUUCAGACUAA